GUGUGUGUGUGUACUGCAGCUAAAAUAUGUUUGCACAUCGACCUCAACUACAUCCACAGCAACCAACAUCAAAUCAAUCAGUGUUCCUGAUAACUCAGCCCCCUCACAGCCUGGGCAGAGGCUCAGGUGAUUUACCCCCUCCUGGUGCAAUUAACAAUGUGGCCGAGCCGGUUUUUGUGUAUGAUCUACAGACACACCUUUUUUUAUACCUCUAUUUCUCACACACACACACACACACCACAAACAGGUGAGGCAAAGGGAGUGGUGACCUGUAUAAACACGUCCCACAAGGGGCGGGUUUGAGACAACACACACAUGCACACACACACACACACACACUCACAUUUAGAAAGACACCCAGAAGGAUGGUCUGCUGUGUGCACACACUCAUCAAAGGUCACUCAGGAUUUCUCAGGUUUCCAUCCUCUUCCAGGAGCAGGUUGAGCGGCGGAUAUUUAGGACGUUUGCAUUUUCAGUGUGCUUCAACUGGACAAACUGGAGGUGGAAGAAGUAUCUCAGUGGAUAAGAUGUUGGGACUACUGAUCCAAAGGGUGUGAGUUCAAAUCCCACCAGUACCAAUCUACCUCACCUGGAACCUUAUGCACGUUAAUAACCAUCACCUGCUCAGCUGUAUAAGUGACUCAGGAUCUAAAGAUGGACGGCGUCCUGGAGUCGACGAUCGCUUUGUGCGGAUGCAAAGUGCUGUGCAGCGUUUUGUGUCUUCCUGUGUUUAAAGACUCCAUCUCCUCCGUCAGCAUGUGCUGCAUCUGCCUCUUACUCUUCACCGAUCUCUCGAUCACCUCAUUCCUGGUGUACCUCUGGUCCUCCUCACCCACCCCUGCUUCCUUCCACCCGUCCUCGGACGUCAUCGCGCUGCGCUUCAUGCUGUUCCUUAGUGACACGUACGAAGCUGUGGUGAUGCUGACGCCGCUGCUGGUGGUCGUGGAACUGUUGGUUCGUCUCUUAUGGGGUGGAGAGAAGGUGACCUCAAUUACGGAAAAAAGAGACGCUGACGGAGAUGCCUGGGAAAACGAAGAGGACAAAAAGGCAAACACGACGUCCUUAAAGGCUUUAGGUUUCCUCGGUUGUCUCAUGCUGUGGUUCAUGUGUGGGACGUAUGCCGGGUUCAGCUGGAGGCAGGAGCAAGAGAGGGUGAGAUCUUGCAGGGAAAGGGACAGCUUGCUCUUCACAUGCCUCCCCUGCCUCCUCAAUGCUGCUUCACCCUUUAGCAGGCAACUUUUCUGGGCUCUGCCUGCCGGUGUUCUUUUGCUCGUCCUCGCUGCGAUUCUGAAUUUUAUCGUAGAAAAGUUGAGGCCUAAUACUUUUCAUUCAGAGCCUCUGAUGGGACAAACGCUUGAGAAGACGUCUAUUCCUGAACUCGUUUGCGAUGUCGACUCGAACAGCUGCGCCACUCUCAGCUCUCGUAAUGAUGAGCGACGAUGGGCUCCGUCGUGUUUGAGAUCAGAGCUGCCUGAGAGCUGCGAGAGCGUCACGCUCGUCUCACGAGUGCACCGUGCCGCCCCGCACCCCGCGAGAGCCGGCUAUGGCAGGCUGUUACGAGGGAAAGCCCUCGCCUGAGGGGAGAACUAAUAACAGGACUGCUGUGUGGGCUUCUGGUGUGCAUGUUCCCCACAGUUCUCAGCACCAACGUCCUGCUCGUGAGCAACCUGGACGCUCUGGCUGUGUACGUCGUGAAACAUCUGCUCACUCCUUCUCCACUGCACGUUAAAGCAGAGGUUAAAAGAGAUGCAUGUUUCCACAGCACACCUCGGUCUGAACAUUCCUAACAUGCCAAGGUUAUUUGUACAAUUGGAAACCCUAGACGGGAUCAAGCAUGUACACACACACACGUUUCUGGUAGAAAACUUCAAGAACAUGGGAGUAACAUGAACAUAAACUCCACAAAGGGGGAAGUAGGAGCAUGUUGCUGUUUUGUGCACGAGGGCUUUGUAUAGUGAUUGUAAAGAUAUUGAUGUCUGACGGCGAUCGUGAUGUCUGGAUUUGUUGAGUUCGAUAAAUAAAAAAUACAAGAUUUCGAAUGAA